ACAUUACCGAAUAUCUCGCUGGACGUUUUCUUGAUGACAGGGUCAACAAUAUGGCGCUCUCCAUGGUUUACAGAGAUGCUUCAUCUACAGCUUAAACGUUUGCUAGUACAUUUAACAAACUAGCGUUAAGUGUUAUCGGGUUAUCUAUCAAUUUAAAGUUAAACACCUCAAGGACUUGCGUUGACGCGUGAAUAGUAACUAUGUCUGGGACAAAUGUCUGGAGUCGCAGUCGAGAGAAAAUGAGACUUUUCCCUGAACUUUUUGCACAGUGUGCAGGAGAGGCAGCAACGUAUGGGAAGUGUGUGGCAGCUACCACAACAGGCAGACAGGAGCUGAGGAAGGACAUGUGUGCCAAGGAAUUUGAAGCACUGAAGACCUGCUUUACAGCUGCAGCCAAGAAAAAAGCCAAAUGAAUGGAAAUUCUCCCGGCUUUGUUCGAGCUGUAAAUUCAGUCGACCAACCUCAAUUGUGGAAAGAGACGACUGGAAUAUUCCAAGUGUUGAUCGACUUCUGGUGCGGCAUCGUGAAAACAGAACACUUCCUCUACUGUAAAUGAACUGGAUGUGUUAAAACAUGUACUGCUGCUAGUCUUUAAUAUGAAAGACUGAAUGUAAUAUACAGAGGUGAAUAAAACACUGCCGUGAUUAUCAGUCUUUAUCUGGUCUGAACACAAACCAACA